UUGCGUUCUUAUUACCAAGACCUCUCUACUUCUGUAAAAAGAGGAGUAAAAUAGGAAUGGAGAGCCGCUGCCAGUUUUGGCUCCCAAGGAAGAAGCGGUUCUGCGCGAAUGCACCUCUCUCUCCUUCUCAGUUUUGUGGAAAUCACAAGCCCGAAUCAGAACAACUCCGGAUUCCUUGCCCUGUCGAUCCUUCUCACUCUAUACUGCAAGAAAAUCUGGAUUCACAUGUUAAAAGAUGCCCACUGCUGAAACAAGUACAAGCCUUGCAAAUGCAACCUUUCUACCAGAAGGGCGUCAAUGGUGGCGAAGAUGAGGAUUGUUCUACAUCAUAUACUGGUACAGAGACAAGUAAUUCCAAAGAAGUCAAAGAUCCCAUAUCUUCAAAGUCCUCCCAAGCAAAGAUUUCAAGCAUCAAACCAUGUUCAGAAUCUUUGGACACCGGUUCAUACAUGAAGAGGGGCGCAAUAUAUAAAAUGAGUAUACCUGAAUUUUCUGAACUUCUUAAAAAGAUCAAGUCCAUCCAUAGUUCUGUCUUUUCAUACAUACAAGAUUCAUAUACAAUACCUGAAGCUUGUGAUAGAUGGCUGAAGAAACAAGUAGACCGGCAACUACCCUUUCAAGAGAAACAUGUUCGGCAACAGGCAUCCAUUCUUGGGAACUUGGAAAAAUUCGGAAUAUUGAAAAGGCCAGCAAGCUUAGAUGAUCCUGAGUUGAAGGAACACUUAUGCUGUGAUGACUCAUCUAAGGAUGAGAUUGUGACCCCCGCAGUAGUUGAAUUUGGAGCUGGUAGAGGAUACUUGACUCACAUGCUCACUGACUGUUAUGGGAUCCAAAAAGUGUAUCUAAUCGAACGCAAGUCUUACAAGCUGAAGGCCGAUCGAAGUCUGCGCCAGAAACAACAAAUGAUUUUAGAGCGUCUGAGAAUCGACAUAGAAGAUUUGAACUUGAGUGCCAUAGAAUCUUUGAGGGGAGUACCAUACCUGGCUAUUGGAAAACAUCUUUGUGGGCCCGCAACAGAUUUAACCUUGAGGUGUUGCCUUCCUGAACGAUGCAAUGAAAAUAAGGACGUUCAUUCAAGUGGUAACUGUAAUCUGAAAGGCAUUGCCCUUGCAGCAUGUUGCCAUCAUCUUUGCCAGUGGAAGCACUACAUAAAUAAGAAGUUUUUAUCAGAUAUGGGAAUCACAAAGGAAGAUUUCCAUGCUAUGACGUGGUUUACCAGCUGGGCAGUAGAUGCCGACCAUGGUUCCGAUCUUUCCGAUGUGGUCAAUCAGGGAUUACAUCUACACAAUAUUGAGAAUGGGGAUUCUGAUGUAGGUAUCAGCAGCAGUGUUGAAGAAAUUGUCAGGAAUAUGAAGGCAGUGGACAGAGCAGUAUUGGGAUUGAUAUGCAAAGAGAUAAUUGAUAUUGGUAGGCUCAUGUGGAUCAAAGAGCACCAUGGGUUAGAAGCACAGCUUGUGAAGUAUGUCCCUUCUAGCAUUUCCCCCGAGAACCAUCUACUCAUUGCAAAUGGCGGAUAUCACUCAUAUGGAUCCUCUUGCCAAACUUUUUUGAGUUAGCUGAUUCCAGAAGUGCCUUGGAUAAAUGGACCUAACCCGUUCCCUGUGUUGUUUCAUUUUUCCUAUUUUACCCCCUCUAAAUGACCAAAUGCUUACUGGUGGAGGUUUGUUCCACUAGGUGAUGUAUCCUUGAAAUCAAGAACACAUGGUUCCUUGUAGAUGCCGAAAAUUUUGGAAUUAGGGCUGUCAACAGGCCGGAAAGGGGUAAUGUUAUUAUUUGAAAUCUUGUGAAAUGUGUAGCAGACUGUGGGCUUGAUUUUUUA